AUGCAGACACAGAAUCUCGCAUUUCUGGAGGUGUCUGUAUCUUCACCUCUAACUCUACAUACAUCUCUACAGGCUGUGGCUGUACAAGUUCAUGUACGGACAUUAGUCACAAUCUGCUGUCUUUACUUACCACCUCACGGAGUUAUAUGCCAGCAAGAUCUUGAUAACCUAGUGGACCAGCUUCCCUCACCAUUUCUCUUACUGGGCGACUUUAAGGGACAUAGCACAUUGUGGGGUUCAGAUUGUACAAACUCUCGAGGGCGGAAAAUUGGGCAGUUCAUUUCUAACAACUGUCUCUGCCUGUUCAACACUGAAGAGAGAACGUAUUUCCAUGGACCCACACGUAGCUUUCAUACACUUGAUCUGGCCAUAUGUUCCCCUGAACUCUUGCCGUUGCUGACCUUUUCAGUCAGCAAUGAUCUAUACAAUAGUGAUCAUUUUCCAGUUAUUGUCUUGUAUGCUGAAGGAGAAAAUAUGACCCUUCGUCCUCCACGUUUCUUAUUCCAUCGAGCAAACUGGGAUACAUUUAUGCACUCAGCAGACAUCUCACAGGCUAUGGUCAGUAUUUGA